AUGGACAACUUCCGCAUCUACAACCAGGCAACAGCUGCCCUGCUCGCCCUUGAAGCCGCACCGCUCCUCGUGAGUCCUAGCAUGGCCGCCUGGAUGGCCUCGUCCGAACCCAAGACUGUUUCGGCAUUCGAGAAUCUGGUUGCGCGCGAACUGGGCUUCGCUCUACUGCUGUGCUCCUUCCUCGCCCUGCUCUUCUCUGGCGAGCUGCACCGUCUCUGGGACGACGCCGACAACGUACCCAUUGCUUCCGCUACUGCUUCUUCUCCUUGUGGUGCAGGUCUUCUGGUAUUGGUCUUUGCCAACGACGGCAAGAUCAGCAAGCGCACCGGCGCCGACAAGAGAACCUCUGGCUUCAUGUUCAAAAAUCAGGCUCAUGUGCAGAAGCAUUCGUAA